AUCUCGCGAGAUGAGACUUGUGACAGCGGGAUUAGCUGUCACGCUGGAGCCUAGGAACAAGGCAUUUGUGGCGCACCGGGACGUUUAAGCAGCGAGCUGCUGUUUGUGAGAAAACCGGGAUUCUCCGGCGAAAUAAAUUAAGACUGUUCGGCUGUAUGUUUUACCGUACUCUCCGUUUGUUGAACACGAGCGGCCUCUAGUGUGCCAUGGCAGCCCUCAAGUACGCAGGCUUGGACGAUACGGACAGUGAGGAUGAGAUGCCACCUGGCUGGGAGGAAAGAAGCACCAAGGAUGGCUGGGUGUACUAUGCAAACCACCUUGAUGAAAAAACCCAGUGGGAACAUCCAAAAACUGGAAAGCGUAAAAGAAUUGCUGGAGAUCUUCCCUACGGCUGGGAACAAGAAACAGAUGAAAAUGGCCAAAUCUACUUUGUUGAUCACUUGAACCAGAGAACUACAUACCUUGACCCAAGACUAGCUUUUACAGUUGAAGAUCAACCCACAAAGAUGAACACGAGGCAGAAAUAUGAUGGAAACACCACCGCCAUGGAAAUCCUGCAGGGCUGUGACCUGUCGGGGAAGGUGGUAAUAGUCACAGGAGCUAACACUGGAAUUGGAUUUGAAACCGCAAGAUCAUUGGCCCUACAUGGUACACUUGUCAUUCUGGCUUGCAGAAAUUUGCAAAAGGGAAAUGAAGCCAAGCAUAAAAUUUUGGAAGAGUGGCACAAAGCUAAGGUAGAAGUGAUGAGUUUGGAUCUGGCAUCUCUACGCAGUGUGCAAAGCUUUGCUGAAGCCUUCAAGAGUAGAAACCUGGCUCUUCAUGUGCUAAUAUGUAAUGCUGCCUACUUGGGGGGACCCUGGCAACUAACGGAAGAUGGUCUUGAAAUGACAUUCCAAGUUAAUCAUCUUGGUCACUUCUACCUUGUCUCUCUCCUUCAAGAUGUGCUUCAACGUUCUAUACCAUCAAGAGUUGUUGUGGUCUCAUCAGAAUCACACAGAUUUACAGAAAUUAAAGAUUCAUCAGGGAAACUUGACCUGAACCUGCUUUCCCCAUUGAAGAAAGACUACUGGGCCAUGUUGGCUUACAACCGUUCCAAGUUGUGCAAUAUCUUGUUCUCCAAGGAGCUGAACCGCCGCCUUUCUCCCCAUGGGGUGACGUCUAAUGCAGUACAUCCGGGAAAUAUGAUGUACUCCUCUAUUCAUCGCAACUGGUGGGGGUAUACAUUGCUGUUUGCUUUGGUACGGCCAUUCACAAAGUCCAUGCAACAAGGGGCUUCUACAUCUGUCUACUGUGCUGUCUCCCCAGAGCUGGAAGGCCUAGGAGGAAUGUACUUUAACAACUGCUGCCGCUGCCUGCCAUCACAGGAGGCCCAGAGAGAGGAGACUGCGGCGGCCUUGUGGGAGCUGAGCGAGAGGCUUAUCCAAGAACGAGUUGGCAGCCAGUCCAAAUAGCAGGAAGCCGCCACCGUUAGGAUCAAAACACAUGGAGUGUGUUCACUAGGAAACUACCAGCUCUGGAAGCUUUCCAACCUUAUCAUCUAGAGGGUUUCUCUAUACCUCUGAUACAGAUUAACUAGUGUUAAAUGAAAUAAUAGCAGUCACAACAUAGUGAAAAAUGUUAAGUACUAACGGGACUAGGGGAAUACUGUAGGGUUAAAGGGACAAUAUCUCUUUCUUGUUGUUAGUUAAGAAUAUUUCCUUGUCUUUUAAUUAUUGCAGUCUGUUGAAAAGUCUAACCCAUGCUGCCAUGCAAAUUGUAUCUGUAACAAAAAAUGAUUUGAGACAGGAUAAAAGAGUUUAUACAAAGUCACCUAAAUGUUCUGAGAGCCUGAACUUAAAGGAAGUAUUAAGGUAGCAAGUUUCUAACCUUGGUAGAACAUCAAGUUACACAGAACAGUAUGUAAAUGUGGAAAGGCGGCAGUGUAGGCGUGUGACCCGUGGCACACAAUAUAUGCCGUACUCUGCAAUGAGUGUGAAAUCUGAGGUUGGAAACUAACAAGAAUACUUUUUCUGCCCAUUUUAUUGGUGCAAGGUAAAGGUAAUUUUCAUGCAGGAUAAAUGUAUUUUCACAAUUUGUGACACUUACAUAGAAAGCAGCAAAGGGAUUGCAGAACCCAGCCAGAGCACCCAAAAACGAAUAAGCAAAAGGUUCUUUUUCAUAUGGUUUCUUUGGUAUUUGGCACAUCUUUUUUUUAAAUGUAGUUUAGCGACUGCUCGCUGGUAAAAGUCUGUGGUAGGCACAGAGGCUGAACUGAAUGCAGAUCAGAGGGGACAGAUAGGCAAAUCGUUUGUGGAAUGAAAUGCCAUUUUCACUCUUUACUUUCCAUCCCCCUCUUACAAUUGAGAUGAGGGAAUUGUGAUGGGCAAUUGUUAUAUUCUUUUUAGGAGAGCCUGUAGAACAGUACCUCAUACAAAAUAUGCCAAAUAUGAACAUGCUUACCAUACCAGUUUUAGUUGCUAAUCUAAAUACUAAAGGGUCCUGCUACACUGCAGUGUAUACCCUUAGCCCACCUCAUAGAAUGGCCUUUGUAACAGUAGUAACAGCUUUAAUCAGUAUCCCAAAACAGUGUGUGCUCUGCUACUUUUGUUUCAUUUGAAUGAACACAUAGAAAACACCUAGAGGAAGGGUGAAGAGCAUUGAGCUGUACUCUCUGCUUAAGUUUUCAUCUCUUUUAGAAGACCCUUUUGACAUACUGUUUAAUGAUAGUACAAUUGAAAAAAAAUAGCUAUAGACAGAAAUGAUUGAAUUACUGAUUGUUUUUUGUAAGAACUUUCCUAUUAUAACCUCAUCUUGUAUUUUCAAUAUCCCUGACCAAUAAAAGUUUGAAUUCA